AUGUUCCUGAACGGAGCCAGCUACAAGUUGGCAAGGAAGUUGAAGUCGCUGUGUGAUCACGAAAUGUUUGGGAUGAGAACAGCUGAUAAACUCCAAGUGAUCCAUGACAAGGUGCAGAAGAACCUCGAAAAUGCAUAUGAUCGGAGUCGGCUGCGGUACGAUAAAAGGGCUCGUACUUUCCUUGCGAAGCCUGGUCAGGAAGUGUAUCGCCGCAACUUUGCCCCCAGCGAUUUCAAAAAGGCCUUCAAUGCAAAGUUUGCUCGGAAGUUCCUGAAAGCUCGGGUGUUCAAGACAGUCGGCAAAAAUGCGUACGAGCUUGAAGAUCUUCAAGGACGACCGAUCGGAGUGUACCAUGCCAAGGUUGUGAUCUGGAAAGAGGAAUAA